AUGCUCUGGGCACCAUACUUCCUAUCUAUCUCAAUCGGUGCUGUAGCUGGAUCGGAGUUGGCGCAGAUAGUUCCAAGAGCUUUCAUCGUUGAAUACAAGGAUGCCUUGCAAGCCCCAUCCGCCUUAAACAAUGUUGGCGCAACUAAAACACUGGAUUUGAAUUACGAAUUGUUUCAGGGCGCUACUAUACAGUUUGAAGAUGAGAAGCCUGUAGGCGAACGCGUGGCUCAAUUACUGGACCUGUCAGCCAUUAGAAACGUCUGGCCAAAGAAACUCAUCCCUCCACCUGAUGCUCGAAUUCAUGAGGUGGCAUCACACAGAUCGGAAGAGUCAGCGUCAGAACAGGUAAUCAGAAGAUCCAACAGCAAUGAUGCGCUCUCGACCCAUGUUCAGACUCAAGUCGACAAAUUACGAGAAAAGGGUAUAACUGGUGAAGGUGUGAAAAUUGCAGUCAUUGAUAGUGGUAUUGAUUACACACACGAAGCUUUAGGCAGGUGUUUGGGACCUAAUUGUUUGGUCGUUGGUGGUUAUGAUUUGGUUGGAGAUAAUUUCAAUGGAACUAAUACCCCCGUUCCUGAUAACGACCCUCAAGAUACUUGUUGGGGCCAUGGUACCCAUGUUGCCGGUAUCAUUGCUGCUCAGCCGAACAAACUCGGCUUUACUGGGGCUGCUCCUGGUGUUAAACUGGCAGCCUACCGGGUGUUCAAUUGCAAGACCUCAACCACGGACGACAUCAUCAUAUCUGCUUUAUUGCGCGCCCAGCAGGAUGGGGCUAAUAUCAUUACUCUUUCACUUGGAGCUAUAAGUGGAUGGAGUGCUGAAGCAGUCAACGUUGUUGUCGCUCGGAUAGUGGCUAAAGGUGUAAUUGUUACUGCUUCUGCUGGGAACUCAGGUGAUAGUGGUCUAUUUAUGGCGCAAAGCCCAGCAGGGGGCAAGGGCGUUGCUGCUAUCACUUCCUUCGACAACACUGUAACGCCCAUAUUUUUGGUGAAUGCCUCCUACGCAGUUUCAGGCAACACGGAACAAAACUUCGAAUAUGCGAUCGGCAGGCCACGCCAUUGGAAGGGCAUCAAGUUGCCACUCUGGACUCCAUCAUUCAAUACUAGUGAGACCGACCAAGCAUGCAAUCCUCUCCCUGAUUCAACGCCCGACCUAUCGGAAAAGGUUGUUCUUAUCCGUCGUGGCACUUGCUUUUUCGAUGAUAAGAUAAAAAACGCGGCGGCACGAGGGGCCAAGUAUUUCAUGUUUUACAACAACGUUCCCGGAUAUCGGUUCCUCGAGUGGAACACAAUCAACGCAACAGCUGUCGGUAUGGUUUCUGACACCCUGGGCACUGCGUGGGUGAGGAAUCUUGCCGCUGGGAAGGUUGUCACACUGGAUAUGCACGACCCCGACACCGCCUCAUUCGAAAUUUUUGAAAGCCCCAACAACGCUACUGGUGGAUUUGUGAGCUUUUUUUCGAGCUGGGGACCCUCUUUUGAGGCAGCUGUACAACCUACAUUUGGUACGCCUGGAGGAAACAUACUAUCGACUUUCCCCGUGCAUUUAGGCUCUUACACUGUCAUGUCCGGUACUUCUAUGGCCGCUCCGUUAGCUGCGGCUAUUUAUGCGCUCGUAUCCAACGUGCGGAAGACUCUCAACCCUCGGGAGCUACAAAAUGUACUCACUGCUACUGCCAAGCCCGUACAAGAAAACAAUAAUGGUGAUAUCAAUCCUUUGCUUGCGUCAAUUGCCCAACAAGGAGCUGGAAUAGCCCAGGCCUACGAUGCUGCAUACGCAACUACUGUCUUGAGCGAAUCGAGUCUUGCUUUCAAUGAUACAGUUCGACUGACCGAUAAGAGCUUCACCAUUUCGAACACGGGACAUGGAGCCAUCACUUAUGAGCUAGAUGUCAUUGGAGCAGCCACUGCUUACACAUUCUCCGACAGUAAAAGGCCAGACCCAUACCCCGGACUUCAACUCGAUGAUUCUUUUGCAGCGGUGCAUCUGAGCGAGUACAAAGUCACUGUCCCUGCAGGUGGCAAAUCGACAAUUUCUGUCCACGUUAUACCGCCGUCAGGAUCUGCCGCUCGACUUCCAGUAUAUGGAGGCUACAUUCGACUCAAUGGCACAAACGGCGAGAGACUAUCCCUUCCAUAUCAGGGUAUUGCAGGAGAUAUGAGUGCGCAUGCUGUUUUGAACACGACGUAUGUGUCGAGCAGCGCUAAUGCUCCCGACUACAGGCCCGUCGGUAGUAACACAAUUUUCGUGAUUCCACAGAUGAACAUCACGAACAUCACUGGUGAUUUUCCAGUUGCUGCUAUCGACAUACUCUUUGGGUCUCCACGUAUCAAUAUCGAGAUUUUGUCAAUAAGCAAUCACACAACCAAUCUAGGCCAUGCAAUCGAUUCACCAAACCAUUGGAAUCCUCGCUGGACGCUUCCCUACACCUGGAAUGGCCAGCUGGCCGAUGAUUCCUACGUGCCACCAGGUAGCUACAAGUUUCGGAUUUCGGCACUGCAUAUAUCUGGCGAUGCAAAUGAUACUAAGCAAUAUGACGUUUCUGAGACUCCGUCAUUCACUAUUAAGUACAAAGAUAUCGACAACGGGACGAAGUUAAACUAG